GUUAGUUGACGAAAUCAAAAUGGCGUCUUUCACAGGAUAGUACAUUUAUCCGCCGCACACGGUAUAGUAUUAGAAAAUACAGUGGAUUGACUUUUUGUUUGUGCUGAAACUGUUUGUGAACGGAUACUCAGUGUUUUUGUGUUAAUUUAUUUACAACGUACAAUCUGGAAUUACUUUUCAUCGCUUCCAAGUUUCCGCAAGAUACAGCAGAGGCGCGGCGUCAGGAUGAGUAAAGACGGUUGAGACGCCCGCGCGUCGGCUCACGGCGCGCAAACUAACGACAUGUCUUUCUUUAAUAAUCUUAAAAAGGUGCUGCACCUGGGCGGCGGCAAUGACGCCAAGAAAAAGAAAGUGUUCAGUAACAUACGGGACAAUUGCGACCCGGGCGAGAACUGGGAUAUGGUCGGCGAGCUUGGCGAUGGCGCUUUUGGAAAGGUAUACAAAGCGCAGCACAAGACGACGGGUCAGCUCGCCGCGGCCAAGAUGUGCGUCCUCGACAACGAGGACGAUCUCGCGGACUUCACAGUCGAGAUCGAGAUCCUCUCCGAAGUUCGGCAUCCGAACGUGGUCGAACUGCACGAGGCGUACUUCAUCGAUAACAAGCUAUGGAUGCUGCUCGAGUACUGCGACGGCGGCGCGCUGGACUCGGUGAUGUCGGAGCUGGAGAAGGGCCUCAACGAGUCGCAGAUCGCGUACGUGUGUCGCGAGAUGUGCCGCGGGCUGCAGUUCCUGCACUCGCGCCGCGUCAUACACCGGGACCUGAAGGCCGGCAACGUGCUGGCCACCAUGGUGGGGGGCGUCAAGCUCGCCGACUUCGGCGUGUCGGCUAAGAACAAGUCGACGCUGCAGAAGCACGACACGUUCAUCGGCACGCCGUACUGGAUGGCGCCCGAGGUCGUGCUCUGCGAGACCUUCCGUGACCACCCCUACGACUUCAAGGUGGAUAUCUGGUCGCUAGGUAUUACGCUUAUAGAGUUCGCACAGAUGGAACCGCCGAACCACGAGAUGACACCGAUGAGGGUCCUCUUGAAGAUACAAAAGAGCGAUCCACCGAGCCUCGACCAGCCGUCCCUCUGGAGUAAAUCUUUCAAUGACUUCAUAGCGAAGGCUCUUGUGAAAGAUCCAGAAAAGAGGCCGACAGCCACCGAUCUCCUUAAACACGAGUUCGUCUCCGGCGACCUCGACUCGAAGUCGCUCCGUGACCUCCUACUCGAGUACCGCGCAGAGGUGGUCGAGGAAGAACUCUUGGACGACGAUUCAGAGGAGCACCGCAGCUCCCAGAUGCAUGUGGACAUGGAAGAUGACUCCACCUCGGUGAGGUCGGGCGACACACCGGACAUCAAGAUGUCGGAGGCGGAGGCCCGCGCGCCGCCCUCCCCGCGCGCCGCGUCGCCCGCGCCGCCCGCGCCCGCCGCGCCCGCCAAGCGCGCGCUGCCCGACGACGCGCCGCCCGCUGACAGGAGACCGCCGGCACCAAAGAAAGAAAAAGGUCCCGCGCCUCCUCCCCCUGGUGCGACGUCGCCCCCCUCACCUCCCUCGCCGCCCUCACCGGGUCCCCCUUCCCCCGCCCCGCCCGCCGCGCGUGCCGUUCGCAAGCCGCCCGCGCCGCCCCCGCCCGCCGUCACCCCCACCACGCCCUCUGCGCCCUCAACUCCUACCACAGUUCCCUCUACGCCCACCACGCCCUCGGCCGUGGCCGGACGCAUCGUGGAGCAGGUAUGUCGCGAUGCAGAAAAGGCGGUUGAAGAAAAAUCAGAGAAAACAGAAAUAAAAGAAUUUAAUGAUAAGGACGUGAAACCAAAGCCCGAACAUAGAUUAGCUUCCCCCGAACCCACAGACGACAAACAGGCGACUGUCAACGGAACGAAUGCACACGAUAAACUAAACGAAGAACUCAACAGGAGUCCAAAAGUUAAGCAAACGAACAAAGUCAUAGAAAUCAAGAGGACAAGCCUCGAGAUAAAUGAGAUCACAACGGAAGUCAACAGGUCGAGCCUCGCCAUCAACAAAGUUGAGAUCGACGCGAGUCGAACGAGUGACGUCACCAAAACAAGCCUCGACGUCAAAAGCGUCAACAAGACAGAAGUCAACAAGACCAGUGUCAAGACGAGUCCAGAGAAGAACAAGGCAAAGGUAGAAGUGAGAAAGAGCGCGGACGAUGUCAGACUCAACGAGGACGUUAGAGUAAAAGAGACGAACAGAAGAAGUGCCGACAUUAGCAAAUUUAACACGGAAAUUAGUAAAUCCAGCGUCGAGAUAAAUAAAAACCAAGAAGUUAAACCCGAAGUUCGCUCGAUAGCUGAGCUCAUUAGAAACGAUAAAAAGGAACGUUCCAGAUCGAGCUCCACCGACGAGAUAGUCGAUACGAAGCGAGUCAGCGCUGAAGUUAGUCGCAUCGAGUCGAGGUCGCGGUCCGUGGACGACAAGGACAGGUGUAGCGUUGAAGUCAAACGCGUUAGUAAGGACUACUCGAGGUCGAGCUCGAUCGAGGAGAAGGAAGUCGAGAAGCCGAGAAAGGUCGAGAUCAGACCGGUUACGCCGGCGGCGGUGACCGUUGUGGCGGUGAGUGCGGAGCCCAACUCGCUGGCGGCGGCGCCGGUGGGGCUGGUCACCGUCACCACCACGCACCCGCCCGUGCUCAACACGGCCGCGCCGCUCCCCCACAACGCGGUGACCAUAUCGACAACACCGCCCAUGGACGAAGUGGUAGUGGUCCGCGCCGGCUCCUCCUCCGACGAUGACGCCUUCGCGCCCUCCUCGCUCGACUCCCUCGACUGCACCACCUGCUACAACGAAAAGAGUCGCGGACGGCGACUGGAUAGUAGUGAAGUGUUAAUACUCAGCCCCGGAGCUGGUGAUUCAGGAGUCUUCGAUGACAGUCAACAAAAUCAUCUCAAUCUCGACACGUCGCACGUGUCGGUGGUGACGGUGGGCGAGGAGGUGCGCGUGCGCGACUCCGCCAGCGCCGCGCCGAGACUCAGCCCCGACAGCUUCGAGAGCGGUCGAUCGCAGUCGGACAGCGGCUCGGUUGCUUCGGAACGGUCGCGACGCGGCGACGCGGACUCGCUGGCCACCACUGCAACCACGGCCACCACCACGAGCGCCACCAGCGCUUCACCCGACUCGCACCACCUACUCAACGGUGCCGCUAGAGUAAAUUCGGAAAAUCAAGACACGGAAGAGGUGGUGUUGAGGAGAAAACCACAAGACGGACAACCCAACAGGAUACAAAGGUCGAAAGAAGACAUCCACAUGGCUAACCUUAAGAAGAAGACGCGGAAACGGACGAGAAAGUUCGAGAUCGAUGGCGUCAUCGUCACCACCACCACUUCCAAGGUUAUAUGGGGCGACGAAGAGAGCGGUCGCACGUGGGACGACCACGCGCUGCGCAAGCAGGAGCUGCGCGAGAUCAAGAUGCUACAGAAACAGGAGCAGAAACAGUUCCAGGACCUCAACGCGAAGGAGCACCAACUCAGGGAUCAGCAGGACAAGAGGUUCGAGGCGGAGCUGGCGUCCUUGUCCCGCGCGCACGAAGCCGACCUGGAGACGCUGGCGCGCGCGCAACGGGCGGCCGCCGAGCGCGCCGAGCAGCAGCUCGAGACUGAGUUGCGGCAGCACGCCAAGAGAUUGCGCGCAGAGCACGAGCGGGACCUGCGGCACUUCCGGGACACGCUCAAACAGGAACUGCGACUGCUCAAGCAGGAGGUGGAGCUGGUGGCCAAGGAGCGGCGCAAGGAGGCGUACCGCUCGCGCCGCACGCGCCUCGACGCCGAGCACGCGUCGCGCGAGCGCGCCUUCGUGGCCGCGCUGGCCGACGCGGGCGACGCCGUGCUGCGCCGCGUGCACGACAAGCACCGCGAGCGCCAGGCGCUGGCCGACCGCCAGUACCUGCAGCAGCGCCACCAGAUCAUGCGCACCCGCGAGGCCGCGCUCUGGGAGCUCGAGGAGAAGCAGAUCCACGAGCGGCACCAGCUCGCCAAGAGGCAGCUCAAGGACGAGUUCCUUCUCCGUCGGCACCAGAUGCUCGUGAGGCACGACAAGGAGUUGGAGCAGAUCAAACGGAAGAACAGCCGCAAGGAGGAGGAGCUGGCGAAGUGCCAGGCGCUGGAGAAGCGCUCGCUGCCGAAGCGCAUCCGCGCGGAGCAGAAGGCGCGCGAGAUGAUGUUCCGCGAGUCGCUGCGCAUCGGCGCCGCGCCCUCCGCGCACGAGGACGACCGCGAGCGCCUCAAGAAGUUCCAAGAGAACGAAAAACGUCGGUAUCGGGCUGAGCAACAACGGCUGGCCACCAAACACGCCAAGGCGCGAGAGGAGCUCAAAGCGGCCGGCGAGGCUCUACUCCGCGAGCUGGAACAAUACCAGAACGAAAAGCGCAAGGCGCUGAUGAACCACGAGAGCGGCAAGGUGAAGGCCAUCGAGGAGAGAUACGCGCAGGAGCUGAAGGAGUGGCGCGCCACCCUCGCCGACAGGAAGGCGAAACUGAUUCAGACCUUCGAGAAACAUUUGGACGAUCACGAAAAGAAGUUCGGCUUUACCAUACCGGAUAAGAGCGUAUAUCUGGACGUUCCUUGGCCGAAGAACGUUCUACAACACGUCCUAACGGCGUACCAUCAACGUAACUCCUUCAUGGGAUCACUAUCUCGAUCCAGAACUAGUCUAAACCUCGCCAUAUCGACUGCGAACACGCCAAAUAUGGACAGGCGAAGAAGCAUCAGUCCCAGUAACAACUUCAGACUAACAAAAUCAGCUGCAUCCAGCGCCACCAACACGACGAAGCGGGGCAAACUGACUAAAGCCCAAAGAUACGGAUCCACUUCGAAUCUGAAGCUGGUAUCGGAGAAAAUAUCCGGUUUUUCCGUGUUCAGCGGUCCGGAUAUUAAACGGGAUCCGAUCAUGGCGUACGAUGAGGUCCCGGUUGAGAGAAGGGUGCAGAAGAUUGAAGAGGAACCAAAGAAGACGUUCGAGAGAUCGAAACAGGUCGAGCGUGUGCCGAUAACCGUGAGGAAUAACAAGAAAAUGAACAGGCAGAGCUUAAGCGAGAACUUGUUUAAACAAGUCAACGAUAUGAGUCCGAUGAAACGCAGCAUCUCCCAGCAGAGUCUCAAACAGGACAUCGCCUUGGAGGCGGUCAUGAUAGAUAUGCCAUCCAUCGACGAUAAAUACGACACAUACAAGAGCGUAACCAGUAACAGUUCGCAGAACAGCGAGGACGCUUAUUUCAGUCGGUGGGGCGCUGUCAGGGGUUCCAAUAGUUACUCGAAUUCGUCCAACGUACCCGUCAGUCAGCUAUCAACGUUGAAUUUGAAGGCGGUAGCCUCUGAGAAAACGAAAGACCCUCCAGAUUCAGUCGCUUAAUACCUUAGUAUUGACUGUAGGCUUUGUAUGUUAUUCAAUCGAAGGUAAUUUAAAAAAAUACGACGAAUAUAGUUCAAAAAAGAAGAGAAACUGUGGCACUUCUAUGCUAUUCUAAAGGAGAUUUGUAGACGAAUUGAUAGAUUGUUCAUACUUAAUGGAUAUAAUACGGCGAGUGGACUGUGUCUAGUCUCAAUAAUUGGUGUAAUUUUAAAGCUUUCGUAUGUUUAGGAACUCUUAGAAGGGACGCUGGUUUGACGAGGGUAUUUUAACGGAUCGACCGACUGUCUAUUGACCGGCUUUAUGACGUCAUAUUAACCGGACGACGCACAACAUGGUUCGUUGUGAUAUAGACCUUGUUGAUUUGAUAAUCGAAUUCUUCCGGAAUGGUUACACUUCGUUUGGUCUCGACCAAUGACGUGCUGUCAAUUCAAGGUCAAUUUUCGUCGUAUAAAGCUUCUACAAAAGGACUCUGCUGUAUUCAAAAAAUGUAUAAGUCUUUUAUAUACUCACCGAGAGGGCGGCGUGUGAUGAGUUAUUUAUAAUGAAAUGAUAAUUCCUUACCAAUGGCUUAAGCCCAUGCUUCCAUUAAUGCCCAGUUUUUAUAAAUGUUUAUAAUCGUUAAUUGAUAAAUGUAUCGCCUUCUUGCCAUUAAUAUUAACACUGAAUUGCCAAGCAAUCUUCCUAUUUAUACUAAACUUGUAGACCUAUUCGUAGAUUUAUUAUGUGUUUGAAACACAACACAAAAAACGCCUUUGAAAUUUGACUCAAAAACGUUUGCUCAUAAAACCCUCCAGUUUAAAAAUCCUUCCAAAUCGUACCCAAGUAAUGGAAUGCGUUAUGUUUUUAAUAUUGUUAAACAUCAAGUACGGUGACGGUGAGGUGACGUUCGCCAUCGCAAGUGACUGUGCGACUCUACUGAUUUCGAUGUUUCACAAGUGCCAGGUGUCCUGUCCCGCGACGGACGUCUCUUUUCUGAUGUCUUCUCAUUUUACUCAAAACAUUGUCAAACUUAUGAUCAAGGAAUGCCAUAAGCUUUUUUGUUAUAUCUGGAUCACAACCCACAACUACGUGGUGACAGUUAAAUAUAAUACCAUCAAUUACCAACGAAAUUACGGGCGUAUUUGUUUUUUAGUGAUAAAGAGUUGGACGUAUUCCCUAGUCAUUGGCGUAGCCAGGAUCUUAUUCUGGGGAAAGUCAACAAAAAUACUAAUUGCAUUUUCUUGAGUCGUUCUCUGCCUUAUCGAGAAGUUUCAGACUUCGCGUAAUAACAUUAUUAAAAUAUUCACCUUUUAUGUUAUUUUGAUACAGACAUCAGUAUACAGUUAUUCGUAUUUGCUCGGUAAGGGUUUCCAGAGGAGUCGUGACUGUUCCUGGCUACGCCCAGUGCUAGUUCUUCGUUUUAAAUCUUAGAUAUAGAAUUCAAUGUGCCUAAAAUAUGUCAACUUUUAAAUGUUAUCAUAUAAAUUGUUUCUAUUGAAUAUAAUCGUUGAUAGUAUUUUGAAAGUCUAUGUAUAAUUAAAACAAUUAGAAUUAUUAUUAUCGGUAAAACAAUUCCAUAA